AUGCCAAACCAACGUAAAAGGAAGAACUGGGAUGCCGAAAAUAUGAUUGCAGCCAUAAAAGCCUGUAGAAGUAAAACCAUGGGUUACAAAAAAAGUGCUAAAACACACGGAGUACCACAAACGACGUUGGAAAGAUUUGUUAAGAUGAACGGGGAUCCUGAAGUUGUAGUCCAAACCAAACUGGGUAAGAAACCAGUGUUUUCUCCAGAAAUGGAAGAUCAUCUUUCCACACACUGCUUGCAAAUGGAACAAAAAUAUUUUGGAAUAACCAAAAAAGAUAUUUGCAGAAUGGCAUUUGCUUUGUGCAAAGAAAAUAAAAUAAAAAAUCCUUUCAACAAUGUAAAAGAGUGUGCAGGCUCUAAAUGGUUCAAAUGUUUUCUUCGGCGUCAUCCAGAGCUCUCCCUAAGGACCCCUCAAGGAAUUUCAUACGCAAGAAUAAAAUCAUUUACUCCGGAUAACGUUUCCAAGUAUUUUGAUUUAUAUGAACCACAAAUGGAUAAAAUUCAACAUAAUCCAUCCAGAAUAUAUAACUGCGAUGAAUCUGGGAUAUCAGUUGUCCAACAUAAGCAUAUUAAAGUGAUAGUUAGGAAGGAAAAAAAACAAAUAGGAGCCAUAACAUCCGCAGAACAAGGAUCUACUAUAACUGUGGUUUUUUGUUUUAAUGCCACAGGACAAUAUGUGCCACCAUUGAUAAUAUUCCCCAGGAAAAAUAUGAAGAUUGAAUUGAUGAAUGGUGCCCCGCCAGGUUCAAUAUACGCAUGUCAUCAGUCAGGCUGGAUUCAACAGGAAAUAUUUGUUCAGUGGCUGCACCAUUUCAUUGAAUUCACCAAGCCAACCAAAGAAGAUCCUGUUAUCCUUAUUUUGGACGGCCAUUAUUCGCAUACUAAGAAUUUGGAGGUAGUUAAUGUUGCAAGAGCCCAUCAUGUUGUAAUAAUUUGCCUGCCACCCCAUUCUACCCAUAAGAUGCAGCCGUUAGAUGUUGCAUUUAUGUCACCAUUCAAAACAUACUAUGCACAGGAAAUAUCUCAAUGGCUGAAGCAACAUCCUGGUCGUGUGGUGACAGUUUACCAAGUCGCGGAGCUAUUUGGCAUGGCAUAUAAUAGAGCAGCCACUGUGGAAACGGCAGUUAAUGGGUUUAGAAAGACAGGAAUGUUUCCAGUAAACCGAAAUAUUUUCCGAGAUUACGAUUUUGCUGACAACAUUUUAAAUGAAAAUACAAAGGAAAAUAUUGGUGAUAUGGUGAAUGAUGGUGAUAUAGGGAAUGCUGGUCAUACGGUGAAUGAUGGUGCUAUGAAAGGAAUACCUAAAGAUGAUUCAAUAUCGAGCAUCUCGACAGCAAAUACUUCGGAUGGUGUUCUUUCUGCUAGGUCAAAAUUAGUUGCAGAUCAUGCCAUUCCAAGCACUUCAAAGUGUAAUUCUGAGGAGAUUCUCCACAUCACUCCUCCCAAAACUCUUACUGAAAGACUGAUUUUACCCAGCAACAUAUUGCCUAUUCCAAAUUUGAGCAGCAAGAUCGAUGAACAGAAAAAAUCCAGAGGUGGCAAGAUGAUAAAAGUGGAGAUGAGUGGGUUCAGUGUCAAGGAUGUUUGGAAUGGGCCCAUGUCCACUGUGCUGGAAANCUAUGUCUUUCCAAAGUUUCACUUGAGGGUACAAAAAUGUGAUAAAACAGUACACCAAGAAAAGUUUUCCGUAUACGUCCCAAAAAAGACCUUUCUAGGGGAAGAUUCUUGA